CGGCAGUCGCCAGUCUCAAUCACCCACACCCAAUUGCCUGUAUUAAAGGAUAGCCAUCUACGUUUUUUGGUUUCGUUCUUAUAGGCUUGCCAUCCCAAAUUUAUAUUGCUAAGCCAAAGAAGUAAGGAGUAACUUGUCGGUCGGGACGUCCAAAACCCACGCGCGCCCUUUUUCCUGUAUGGGAUAACAUGUUAUAUGGCGGAAGGGGUCGUGGCUUAGGCCAUGGCCCAGUACCCUGCAAACAGAACUAGAGAUUGCUAACCAUGCAGAGCUCAGACGCGGCAGAGCAACCCAACCGGAUCCAGGUGGUCGUGCGAGUGCGACCUGUGCAGCCCCACGAGCUGUCAGAUGAGGUCGCUGUAACGUGCGCCCCGGAUGCGCGGAGGCUUCAGGUGCUUCUGCCUGACCGCCUGACAGGCACUGCGUCGCUGCCGGGGACCAACCGCAGUGGUGCACGGUCCUACGAAUUUGAUGCAUGCCUCGCAGGAAACACCACACAGGAGGAUUUGUUCGAGAUCUGCGGGCUGCAGGAGCUGGUGGAGGCAGCCCUGGAUGGCUACUGCGUCACCAUAUUCGCGUUCGGACAAACCGGUUCCGGCAAGACACACACCAUCAUCGGUCCCCGGCUCAGCAGGGGAGCCGCGGCAGCUGCCGCCGCCGCAGCAGCCGCCAACGGCACCCCCAGCAGCGGCACUCUCACCCGUCUGGGCAGCAGCACCAGCGCCCAAGCCGCCGACGGCGACAUCCUCACCCUCCCCGCCGGCUUGGGUUCCCGCUCCGGAACCGGCACCGGCAGCGGCUCCACCCCCGCCUCUGCACGGCCCUCCAGCACCGGCACAGCCAACGCCAGCGGUCUGGGCCCGCCAGUUUCGACUCCGCCGCUUGCUUCCAUAGGGCCCGGCAACAGCGCCGCAGCCGCAGGCGGUGUGCUCGUGGACCCCGAGGAUGGCGUCCUGACCCGCUGCAUUGCGGCGGCCUACCGCUCCAUGGCAGCUCGGAGCGCCGCCGCGGGCACGGAGUUCAACGUGAGCGCGAGUGUGGUGGAGCUGUACAAUGAGAACGUGACGGACCUCCUAGCGCUGGACAAGAACAAGACGCUGCAGGUGCGCAAGGACUCGCGCGACGGCUUCGCGGUGACGGGUCUGACGCAGGUGGCCUGCCCCACCGACACCGCCGCGGUGCGCUACCUGGUGCGGGCGCUGCAGUACCGCCACACGCGCAGCCACCGGCUCAACGAGUACAGCAGCCGCUCGCACUGCCUCAUGACGUUUGUGUUUGCGUCGAGGGAGGGCGGGCCGGAGGGGCAGAUGGGCGCCAAGGGCGGCAUUCGAAGGUACGGCAAGCUCUCCCUGGUGGAUCUGGCCGGCAGCGAGCGGCUCAAGGACACGGGCAACACGGAGCGAGGGGCGGUGCGGGAGACAGGAGCCAUCAACAAGAGCCUCUUCACACUGGGGCAGGUCCUGGCGGCUCUCUCCGCCCGCAGCUCCGGAGCCGUCAGCACCUUUGUGCCAUACCGCGACUCCAAGCUGACGCAGCUGCUGUGGGACGGUCUGCGCGGCAGCGGGCGGUGCCUGAUGCUGGCCUGCCUGGGCCCCAUGCGCGGCGCGGCGGAGGAGUCGCUCAACACGCUGCACUUCGCCACCAUGGCCACUCGCAUUAAGGCGGAGCCGGUGGUGCUGCUGGACCCGCAGGACCAGCUGGUUCUCGACCUGCGCAAGGUCAUCUCGCAGUUGCGUCAGGAGAACCGCCAGCUGGCCUCCGCGCUGCACCAGAUGUCACAGGGCGCGGACCCCAAUUCGGUGAUCUGGACGCUGCCAGAGGCCCUGCGGGCGACCGCCGCGCAGCAAGCCGCAGCGGCGGCAGCAGGCGGCAUGCUGACGACGCCGCCGGCGUUGGUUGGAACCAUGGACGAUUGGUCGCAGCAGCGACAGCCCACAGCGGGCUCGGACUCUACGAUUACCACGGCGACGCCGGUGUCAGGAGUGUCGGCGGUGUACGGUAAUGGCCUAGCGGCGCCCUCGCCGUCGGCUUCGCCUCAGCCGUUGCUACAGUCUGGGAACUCCAGCGCUCUUCGGGCAUCGCAGGGGUCGUCGGUUAUGGCGUACGGCGGCGGCGGGCCCGUACCACGUGGGAACGCCGUACGAAUGUCGCCAGACCUUCCAUCUUCCAACGGCACCUCAGCAGCAAGCAGUCCCGUAGCUACUAGAAGCAGAUACAGCACGGGCUCCGGACCCGCUGCACUUGGCGGCGGCGUCGCGGGCCAGCGCCGCCGCCACUCCACCCUUAACACCUCGUACACCAACUCCCCUCAACGGACGCCGCCGCCGCCGUCGGCAGACGCCGUCCUGAACCGCCCUGCCGGCAGCAAGCUCAGCAGCGGCAGCGCCGCCAAGGCCUACUCCUCCCCACCGCGGGAUAACAUGCGCAAGUCUCGAUCUGUCGGCCGCAACGUCGCUGGUCGCAACAGCUCAGCGCGGCCCUCCUACCUCACAGAAGACCCGGGGGCGCUGCUUUUCGGUUACAGCAAUGCGCUGCCCGCGUCGCAGGGCUCCGCCGCCAGCAGCGGCGGCAGCGGCGGCGCGACAUCGCUUCCUGCCGUACAACAGGGCGGUGGUAUGCGGCGAGCCAACACCCUAGCGACGGGACCGCCGCCGCCUCCUGCCCUUUCCGAGUUUCCCGAGCUUGCUGCCAUGGAGGCUGAGUUCCAGAACCUUAUGGCACAAGGAGGAGGAGGAGGAGGCGGUGGUGCGAUGCGUAAUGGAAAUAUGGUUGCCGCCGCCGCUGCUGGCGCGGGUACUGCGGGUGCGGGUGCAGGCGAUAGUGGGGCUGGUGAAGAGGAGGAUGCGGGCCCCGCCCCUGACGUGCGGGCACUCAAGUGGGCGGAGCGCAACGCAUGGUUCGGCACUGACUACGACAUGACUGCGUUGGCAUACCAGGUUCACGACCAGCUAGUAGACGUGGAGCACGUGGACCCCACCUCCGACCUGUACUACAUGGAAAUAGAGCGGCGUGUGGCUGCCAAGUUCCCGCAGCGCUGGGCCGCAGCCAUGAAGGACCAGUUGCCAGGCGGCAGUGGCGCGGCCGCAGCAGCAGGCAUUCGCCGAGCCGUACCCAGCCCGGCCCGGCAGAUAGCGCCGGCUACCGGCAGCGGCCCUAUUACCCCGGUUCCUGCAGCACCGCCGUCGCAGCAGCAGCAGGCGGUGGGAGCGGGGCUCAGGGUGAACUUGAAGGAGCCGUUGCCUCGCAGCGGGAGUCCGAGUGGUACGGCAGCAGCGUUGGCGCGUGCACGGCAACAAGGCGUGUCGUACGAGAGCGGCAGCAGUGCUCUGAGUGAGGGCGGGCUGACGGGUAGCCAACCGGCGACGCCGCUCUUAAGCUCGGGUAGCGCCACUGGCGCACCGGGGUCGCCAGCCAUUGCUAGCGUCAAUCCGUUUAACAUUGGCGCGUUGCACUCGGCGGCGCCACCCAAGUCGACGCGUGUUGCGCCAUUACCCGGCGGAGGUCCUGGCGUGGUGUUGAUUGCGGGGGCGUCUGACCUUGGGUCGCGCGGGAGUGCAGGUGCGAGCAUCGACGCCUUUGCGGAUCCCAACGCGGCGGAACGGAUACAGCGCGAGUAUCAACGGCAGCGUGCGCUGGUCGUGGAGGAGUUGCGGAGGGCUAAGGAGGAGGCUGAGGCGGAACGGCAACGUAUCUUGAAUCGGAUACAGCGCGCGGCAGGGGGAAGCAAAUGGCGAUGACGAGCUUGGCUAGGUUAUGCUAGGUUGGAAAUUUUGUAGGCAAGGCGAGUAAGUGAGGCUGGCGAGGUAUGCUGCUAGCGCUGGGCGAAGUUCUUGUUAUGCUAAGGACGAUGAGGCGUAUAAAGCAUGGAGUUUUACUGCGUAGGAAGAAGCUGGAUGUGUCUCGAGAAGUACAGACACACGGCAGCACGGCAGCCCAACUUCCGCUGGAUCCAGCUGCGACAUAACAGGGGAACAGGGGGCAUAUUGUGACUAUGUUUUCUUCAUGCAUAAUACUGCAGUGAGUUGAGGCUAAGUUUGCGGUCCUAGACAGCCUUCGUUGUGUGUUGCUGGUUACAAGUGAGACCAAUGUCUAUUUAGAACUAUUCCUAGGACAGAUAUUGUUCACAAUGACUCUCCACUAUGCACCCACAACUCCAGAAGAAGAAGAACUUGCCUUGGCGUUGGCGUUGUCAGCUUCGCUGAGCUCGGCAGGUUCGUUGCUUUUGCAAGAGGGCCGCGGCUUUAGCAACUCACGGUUACCUACGAUGUAACUGGCACUUUGCA